AUAGUGAGCGGAGAAAACUUCAAAAGCCUCACCUUUGAUAUUGCUGAGAAGGAAUGUGAGAAAGAGCAGUCUCAUUUGGUAUCAGUGCAUUCCGCAAAGGAAAGAGAUUACAUUACAGAUCUGAUAAGACGAAUGCACGUCAUGAAGUAUGGAAGAAUCCUAAGUAUGAAAGAAAGUAUGAAAGAAGAGAAUCAUGUUUGGGUAAUGAUUGGUUUGUUCACAAGAGCUCUUCCUUACACCGUAUACUUGACAGCGAAUUGGAAUCCGACGCAUCUGGAUAUGGAUCCGUACUACGUGCUGAUUCUCGGCACUCCACUUGUUGUUCAGCUGAAGAUCAAUCUGACACUGACCAUAGCCAUAGCCCUUGAGCGAACGCUGGCCAAUCGCACUUCUGCCGGAAUUCUCCUGACUUCGCUGAUGUUCGUUACAAUUCCAAGUGUUGGUGUCGGUUUCGUGGAAAUGCUCGGUUACUCCAUAUUCCGGGCCGUUGGCCCAUUCUACUCUGUUGGUCUGCUUUGUGCAGGUGCCUGCAACAGCAUUGUGUACGUGGUUCUCAAUCGAGAUAUGCGAAAUUUGGCGAAACAAUGUCUCAACGGCAAAAGUACAAAUCCAAUCAGUUCACCAGCACACACCAGAAUUACGACCAAUUUGGAGCAGGCUCGUAGGUUGCAACGCAUGCAACAGUUUUUGCCGAUCGAAUCAUAUUUAGAG